CUUACACACACACACACUCGGACGCUGCUUCAGAGGGAGUGGAGAAGGAGUUGAUGGCUGACCCUGUGAGAAAGCUGCUGACUGGGUCUCCAGGGGGCGGAGCUCAGGCAGACGAGGGGGUGGAGGAAGGGGGCGGGGUCAAAUGCAGUAAGAAUCGUUUGGAGAUGAAGCUCGUCCAGUCAGGAUCAGAGAACAGUUCAGAGGCGGGGCUUACUAAUGACAUCACAGCUCUGGUGCUGCGCAGACAGGUGGAUCGCAGGAAGGCUGCUGUGUAUCUCACCCUGAUAGGCCUGCUGAUAUUCACUACAGCAUUUCUCCUGGGUUACGUAUCGUUUCGUGGAAUGUGUCACUUCUGUGUGGAGGAAGGGGAGCUGGUGCCGGUGGAGGACCCGGCUGGGCCGGACCACUCUGCAGGAGGAGGAGUGAUCUAUAUGGGGGAGCUGAGAGACAUGCUGAAGAAAUACCUGAGAGAGGAGAAGAUAGAGAGCACAGUGCGGAGAGUGAGCAGGGCGACCCACCCAACCGGCUCAUCUGAGGGAAAUGCUUUAGCCACUGAAAUAUUGCAGAGCUUCCAGAAACUUCAAAUGGACCACACGUGGACAGACUCACACUACGCCACACUGCAGUACCCCUCCAGGGCCCAGAGAAAUGCCCUGUGGUUGGUGGAUGCAGAUGGAACAGAACUAGAAGAGAUUUUAUUGGACAGUGCUGAUUACUGUGCCUAUAGCGCUACUGGAACAGCCAUGGGUGGUGUAGUGUAUGUAAAUUAUGCUCGGAAGGAGGAUUUUGACAAGCUGCGAGUUCUGGGUGUGGCCCUGAAUGGCUCUGUUGCCAUGGCGAGGGUGGGAGGAGGUGUGUCCUUUGCUGAGAAGGUGUGGCAUGCGCAGGAGGCAGGGAUGGUGGGAGUUCUCAUCUACCCCGACCCCGCUGACAUCCCGCAAGAUCCACGCCGACUCGGCCUUAAUGGAAACGUCGCAAUCUCUGAGCAUGUGCAUCUGGGCUCAGGAGACCCUUUCACCCCUGGAUUCCCAUCCUUUAAUCACACCCAGUUCCCUCCUACUCAGUCCUCCGGCCUGCCACUCAUCCCAGCUCAACCAGUCAGUGCCAACGUGGCCUCCAAGCUUCUGAGCCAGUUGGUGGGCAUGUCGUGCCCGCAGGGUUGGCAGGGCCGGUUGCCGUAUGUGCGGUGUGUGUUGGGUCCGGGGUUCUCAGUGGAGGGCCGCCAGGUGAAGAUGGCGGUGUAUAACAGCAUGAGCCCGGUCCUGCUUAACAACAUCUUCGCCUCCAUUGAAGGCAAAGCUGAACCAGAUCAGUAUAUAAUAAUGGGGGCUCAGAGGGAUGCAUGGGGUCCAGGGGCUGUGAAGGCCGGAGUAGGAACGGCAAUCCUGUUGGAGCUCGCCCGCACCUUCAGCACCAUGCUACAAAACGGCUUUUACCCCAGGCGCAGUCUGCUCUUUGUCAGCUGGGAUGCUGGGGAGUUUGGGAAUGUUGGUGCCACUGAGUGGCUGGAGGGUUACCUGUCCAUGCUUCACCUGAAGGCUGUGGCCUACUUCAGUCUGGAUCAGGCAGUUAUGGGUGAUGAUACUCUGUCUGCGUACACAAGCCCCUUGCUGGCCGACCUCAUCGAGGGAGCCAUCAAACAAGUUGAUCAUCCAAAGCAUACAGGUCAGUCCAUCUUGUCUCUGGCUGAGACUCAGGGGGGCUGGAGGAACAAGAUUGUGAAGCCCUUGUAUCUGAACAGCGGGGCGUACAGUUUUACAUCAUUUGGGGGUGUUCCUGCCAUGGAGCUGCGCUUUCAUGAGGAGGGCCGUGUUUACCCGUUUGUGAACACUCAGAUGGACAGUGCAGAGCGUUUGCAGGAACUGCUUCAAGGUCGGCUGGGGGUGGUGGGGCUGGCAGUGGGAGAGCUGGUGGGCCUGAUGGUCCUUAGACUCACACACGACCUCAUCCUGCCGCUGGACGUCACCUGUUACAGCACUGCUGCCCUCCGGCUCAGCUCUCAACUUAACCAGCUCUCAGCAGAACUACAGGUACGUGGCUUGUCACCUCAGUGGGUGUACAGUGCGAGGGGAGAUUACAGCAGAGCAGCGAAGACCCUGCAGGAGGCCAUUAAGAACACUGACAUCCAGGACGAGAGAAUGACUCGACUCUACAACACACGCAUCAUGAGGGUGGAGUACUACUUCCUGUCUCAGUACGUGUCGGCAGUUGAGACCCCGUUCCGUCACGUUCUUCACGGUCGAGGAGAACACACUCUGAGCGCGCUCACUGAGCACCUGGCUCUGCUACGAUCGGAUCCUCAGCUCUUUAACGAGGCCCGCUUCCGCCGACAGCUCGCUCUGUUCACCUGGACCCUGCAGGGGGCAGCAAACGCACUCAGCGGAGACGUCUGGAACAUAGACAACCCCUUCUAGAGCAUGUAGAACAUUCACAAGAUCGAUAUAUAACCUUCAUAGGCCUUUCAAAAACACAGAACUGUCAUAACAUAACAUAGAAGCUUAAUUUUACACCACCUUCAGAGAACGUUCAUGACUUCUAAAAGACUUUAAUGUAACUGUAAUUCAUUCAGUCUAAAAAAGAACCUUCAUAGCCCAUUGUACAAUGCUCAUAAUGUUUGAGACAGCUUCUAGAACAAUUAUACAAAGCCUAGAACUUCAACAAACCAUUAGUCCACUGGUUCACAAACUGUUCCUAGGAAACCUCAAAUGUCUUUGUGUUACAAGGACCAAAUACAGAACUACUUUGUUCUACUUUGUUUGUUGUGCCUACAACUUUAACAGCUCAUUAUAUAAAACCUGGAACCUUCAAAACACAUUAUACAAUACCUAGAACUUUUACCAGCCUACACUGUAAGCCCUGAUAAGUUGAAUUUACUUUCAAAAAAUUGAGGAAACCGGUUGCCUUAAAAAAGGUUAAGUAAUGAGUAAUAAAAACUUAAGUUAGCAUAACUUAAAACAUCAAGUUAUUACAAGUAAAUAGGAAGUUAUUUUUUUUUUGUUAUAUUGUAAGACUGGAUAAGUUGAGUUUACUUAAACAUUUUUAGGAAACCGGUUGCCUUAAAAACUUUAAGUAAUGGGCACAGAAAACUAAAGUUAGCAUGACCUAAAACAUCAGGUUUUUACAACUAAAGGGGAAGUUGAUUUAACUUUUUUUAUUUUUGUUAUACUGUAAGACCAGAUAAGUUGAGUUUACUUAACUUUUUUAAAGCAGCUGGGGGAAUGAAAACUUGACUUAGCAUAAAUUAAAACAUCAAGUUAUUACAACUACAGGGAAACUUGAUUUAUUUCUAAGGUAGCCCAGGGUAAUCACUAAACACUGAAGGUGACUGUCAGAAACUGUUGGACACACCCAGUAUGCAAAUAGAUUGGGGCAGAAGCCAAUGGAAAAGAAGCUGCCAAUUGCAACAGAUUAAACUCAGUUGUUAUAAGUUGGUUCAACUCAGUUUGAAUGUAUAAAUGUGUCCACAAAUCAUCUUACUUAAAAUAGUUGAGUAUUGUUUAGAAAUAUCCAAUUUUAUGUAAAACAGACUUAACUCUUUUGAGUUUAAUCAAUGUUUGGGUUUACAAUGUACAUGCAACCUUCAUGACCUAGUGUAAAGCUUACAUAACCUUCACAAUCCAUUCUAGAGAUAAUACAAACCAAGGGAGAAAUUUUUUUAAAUACUUUCCUAACUUAUUAAAGGGUUCAUAACACAUUAUAGCUAUUUUAAUCUCUAAAGCCCAUUCCAGAACAUUUAAAAUCAUGUUAGUACCCUUCUGUAAUACAAACUACAAUCUUCCCAAACCAUUUUGAAGGAUUUUAACAAUUCUAACCUGUUUUAUUGACUCCAAUUUCUGAUCAUUCCAAAUUGAUAAAGUUCUAGGUAUUGCAUAAUUGUAUUAACAGGUGUUUUGAAGAGUAUGUGCAUUCUACAAUAGUGAAUAAAGGUUGCAUUUUGGGUUGAAUGGGUUACAAAGUUUAUUCUAGAACUUCCAGAAUCUUCACAACCCAUUCUAUUUCUGUAGGUAGUGUCUCAGGAGAACCUUUAUUAGUAAAGUUAAAGGUUAUUGUGUAGCUUGGUUUCUUGGAUUGUAAGUGCAUGUGUGUGUGUGUGUGUGUGAAACAGAGAGAGAGAGAGAGAUUGCUCUCUGUUUCUUUUCUAUUUUGUCUGGCAAAAAGAGACCUCUCUGUUCUGAGCGAGCACUGAGUUCCUCUUUGUUAAUUAAUUGUUAAUAGACAAUUAUGAUUAAGUUGUAAUUUUUUUUUAUUACUAAGUGAUAAUAAAGCUGUUAUUAAUAUAAGCAGUAAUUAUCGAGAGCAGUGACUCUCAUAAUUAUGACAGUCAUACUGUCGUCCAAUCAAAAAGCAGCAUCUGCUAUCAAUCGGCCCGAUGGCGUCAUGAAGGAACCGCCAGGGAACUGGUGUCACAUGACCACUUUUACGUCACCGGGUACUUUUAUGCCAGUCGUCAAUGAGAAGGAGUUCACCAGUAACUCUGUAACUGAGAGGAACCCAGUGGAACCGACACCAGACAGCUGUUCAGUCUGCUGAUGGAUGUGUGUGUGUUGCUCGGAGUGCUGGUCGUUGUUCUGCAGUGAUUCAGGGGUGCUGGUUUUACGACUCCAAUAAAAUUCAACUCUUUCAGCAAAGAAA